GAUCACCAAGGAAGUAGAAAAAACACCACCAGUAACCAACAAGUCCAAAAGCAGCUUCUUUUAUUAUGAUGAUGUAUUACCUCAGAAUCCAUAUGACGAUGAUAAUGAUGACGAUGAUGAUGACAAUAACGACGACGACGACGACAACAACAAUAAGAACAAGAAUGAUAAUUCUAUUUCUUCUUCUUCUGUUCAUAUGAAGCGCAACAACAAGAGUAUGACGUCCUUACGAAAUCGUAGAAGCAAUCACAGCAACAAAUUUCCUGGGCCUCCUUCAACUACAACCAUCUUGGGAAGAAUUUAUCCUUGGGCUACGGUGGAUUGUUUCAACCCUAAUCAUUGUGAUUUUGAAAGAUUGAUUCAUAUGUUGUUAUCAAGUCACCGUGAAAUGUUACGUAUCGACACUGUAGAACGCUUUUAUGAACAAUAUCGUACAGAUCAUUUAUUGACACGACGCAUGGAUGAAAUGAUUAGUUUGAAAUCAAAAAAGAAUCAAUACAAUUUAGCAUAGUAUCUUUCUCUCUUUCCCUCUCUCUCUCUCUCUUUUCUUUUAUCAUUAUUGUUAUCCUCCUCCUCUUCUUUUUUUUUUUUUUCUUCUUUAUAUAUAUAUUCACUACCACAUGAU